AUGCCGACCCUUGGACUUCUGUCUUGCGCGGUUGAGAUUGGAGAGGCAAGAACGCGCCUACGCGAAUAUAGGACAACUUACUGUGAUCGCACAGUUGAGACAUUCGUCGCCAUUCCGAGCAAGCCCACACCCUUCAGCAUUCGGCUCUUCACAACCGGUUAUAUUGCGCCUGGGCUGGCAAUUGCUGUCUACAUUGACGGGGUGUACCAGUUACAUCGAAUCAAGCUCGGAGCUGUACCGUCAAAUGGAAAGCUCGAGUUUCAUGUCGGACAUAACGAGGACCUAUUGAAAAACGGCCGUGUCAUUGCAAGAGGCUGGUCCUUUCAGAAACAUAAUAUUGUCCAUGGUCACAUAGAGCCUACGAUCGACCGAGACACUUUCAAAUAUCCAGGAACAAUCAAGGUUAUUGUCCUUCGUUGUGAGAAAAACCCUGAGAGCGAAACCACUGAUCCCUGGUCAUUCCCACAUUUGCCUGCAAUCUUUGACGGGUCUGGCGAUGAAUCACCACGCGCAAGGAGUACGAAAUAUUCUCAACCUUACAAGAGCCGUCUUCACCAAAGUAAGGGACGUAGAUCUCAACCUAGAUAUUGCAGUUAUAUUUGUGAAAAUGCAAACACAACGUCAUUUGAUGAAAAUGGUUACUGUUUCGCCAAUGUGCCUGCGACUAUUACACUCGGAGAACGGCAUAUCACCGUCGAUGAGCAAACGGAUAUGCCUUGUUCAAGCCCUCGCAAGUAUCGGCACAACCUGAACCAUGGACAUCCAUUUCAAGAUAACAAAUAUGACGGCCUGCGAAACCAGAGUGGUUGUUAUGUUUUACGAAACCAUGCGAAUGUCGAAGUGGAGUUUCCCACAAUAGAGUCAGCAGAAUUGUUUCGCAGCCAAGAAGGACCACCAGCAAAUAAAAACGCCCGAUCAUAUCCUGCAACGGAAAAUCCACCGCCUUAUUACCGAAUCUCAAAGAUGGGUCACAUAUACGACGAAAGAGGUGCUCAGGGCACUAGUCGUCAGUAUAUGCCAAAUGGGACGACGCUACAACAGCCUCCACAAAGAACUGAGACUCAAUGGGGGAAUUUUGGUCAGAAUUCCGCAAACAUCAAAUGCUAUUGCUAUCCACAGGCGUGGCCGGUGGGAUGUUUGCAACAGAACGAAGCCGUCACGCAAUUUAAGAUCGAGCAACUGAAAGAUGAAAUACGCAUGUUAGAAGCAGGUUUACAACCAGAUUCUUCCGGCACAACAGCAUCCUGCCUUCAUCCAUCAGCAUGUCACGUCAUAAUUGGCAAGCCAAAGGAUUGUCCGCACAUGCUCUUCAAUCCCUUGGCUCAUAACGGCCCGGUUGCAUACGGCUUUCCAAAUCAAUCUUCUACGCAUAAUUUUGCAAGCCAUAUAGUCGAACCACAGUGGCCAUGGUUUACUUCCAACAUGUCGCCAGCUUUCGAGGCAGAAGAUCAACUCUCUCCAGCUGGCUGGGACUCAGUCGCUUCUGCAAGUAGCGAAGAAGAAAAGCGAGUCAAAAAUAAUACGGAAACAGCCGGUUGUAGCCAUAAAGCUCGGGGAACUGCGCCCGUCGGUUUCGGCAAUGCCGAAGGCGAAGGUAAUGCAGUACAGCUAAAAGAAGACAGCGAUUGCAAUCAAGCUGACAAAAUUUCAAAUGAUGAAGUCAGGUCGAACCAGAAUGGCUACUACCAAAAUUCUCUUAUGAACAGCAAACCACGUAAUAGCAAGAGCUCCAAUAACGUCGCCAUGAAUACAAUCAAUGGAGAGCCAGUCUACAAUGAUAAUGUAUGGAACAACAACGAAGAUAAAAAUAGAGAUAUCAGCGAGAAGAAACAAAAAUCUCACAAAGGUUUCGCGCCAUGUUCAAAAGACAUUGACAAAGAAGAGAUGCCAAAUACGAAGUCCUACUGGCGGGUUGGCAAUUUGCAUCAAAUGAAUGAAGAGGACGCCAAAAACAAUAGACCCGGCAAGUAUACUAAACCAGAAGAGCCGAUCUCCACAAUAGCUGAAGAAAAGGCAAAGUCAAACCACCUAGAACAUCAAGUGCAGUGCGGCAAACCUGCUGAAAGGCAGUAUCGUACUUCUGCUCCACUCUAUUGGGACAAGGUCGACGAGCCUUUCGCAGUGUUUCGAUUUAAGUAUUGCAGCAAAGACAUGCUGAAGGAGAUUCUGGGUAAAGAUAUUGUCGAGAGCAAGGAAGAGUUUCAACAAUGGCUCAACUCACUUUCCAAAAAGCAACUUAUUGCAGAGAUCAUGAAGGAGAAAGUGGAAGAAAAUUCGGACAUUGAUGGUGGGAAAAAUACAAGCAGUAAUCGAGAUCAGGCUUCGACUUGA